AUGACUUGGAUUGAAGUUAUUCCAGUUGGUAUGAUUAUGAGUGCUGGUGUACUCGUUAUGGCUUAUGGUCUCGAUAUUACUCAUAGACUUGCUCAUUACGGAAAGCCACAUAGACUAGUUAGAGAUCACGUAGACUAUGCUUUAGAUAAAAGAGAUAGCGCCAUCCAUGAAGUUAGAUCGGUGAGAGACAAUAACAGUCAAGACAGAUUUGCAAAGUUCUUGGCUCAAAAGACUGGUAGAAUUUAA